AGAUGGCCGCCUAUAGUAAAUUUUUGACGCACACUUGUUACGAACUUGGACACACUUGGACACCCUCUUGCCUUCAAGCAAGCAAAGAUAUAGCUAUCUAUGGCUUGAAACAUUCAUUCAAAAUAUAUGCACCGCUAUAUAUUAUCAGUGCCAUCCUCCGCCGUAAGGGAUUUGACUACUACCUCAAGAAGUUGAUGCCUGAAAUCCUCCAGUCGACGGUCUUCCUUGGCACCAAUGCAUUCUCUUUCAUUGCCUCGUUUUGUUUAUGGAGGAAGUUUGUUGGUUUUUACACAUACUACAAUGUGUUUAUUUGUGGCAUCCCAGCCGGGGCGUUGUCCGUCCUGUGUGAGAGGAAAGACAGGAGAGGGUUGUUGGCUGUAUAUAUCUCCACAAUUGCCACAGAGAUGAUAAUCAACAUGCUCAUGUACCGUAAAAUCCUUCCACCAGUCAAAAAUGCAGAGGUGUUAUUGUUCAGUUGUGUGAUGGCCGUCUACAUGUUUCUAUUCCGGAUGAAAGAUGGUUUACAAGGGUCGACGCUGUCUGCAAUCAGGUUCCUUGUUGGGUCAUCAGAGCUUCCGCAAUCAGUCAAAGAGAAGCACCAACCUAGCUCAAAGAAAGUCCAGUUCAAUCUUGACUUACACCAGUCAAAGUCGGCAGUUGCAAAAAUCUUAGAAGUGUGCUUACAACGAGUCAGAAGCUUCCCCAAGCAUCGUCUCUGCCCUCAUCAACACAGUUGUCUUUCAUAUACUUUGGGGGGUUGUGUGCGAAUGUUUGCGUCAGGUUUUGCCAUCCAGGGUGCAAUCCACUUGUUAGGGAGUCUGCCCGUUCUAUUCAAGAGGCCUAAAGCUAUUGUGAAUGCCAUCAAACACAGAGACAACUUCUAUUGUGGUGCUUUUCUUGCCAGCUUUUCUGGUUUGUUUCGUGGUGUGUCUUGUCUUCUGAGGUGGUUGAGGAACAGUGAUAGUGAGCUACACGCCCUGAUCUCUGGCUUCAUUGCUGGCUGGUCCAUGCUCUGGUAUCGUAGCCAGUCAAUAGCUCUAUACUCUGCUUCUAAAUUAUUGGAGGUCCUCUACAUGAAAGGAAUUGAUGCGGGUCACUUGCCAUCCUUCCGCCAUGCAGACACUGUUUUAUAUGCAAUAGCAACAUCAUUAGUUUUCCAUGCUGCUGUUUUUGAACCCCACACCCUUCGUCCUGCAUACUGGAAGUUUUUGACAAAGCUCACAAACGGAAAAUUUGGUGAAAUGAAUCGAAGGUUGUUGGAUGUCUAUGGAACGGAGGCAUCAAAAGCAUUCCCAGAUUUUUGGCCAGUAUAUGAUACAAGAUAUACGAAAUUACAGAAACCUAUCUCAUGAUGCUCUAAUCUAAUCUAGUCGAGAACAAUCGGUUAAUAUGACUGAAGAGAUAUUAAUCCAUUCGUUGUCAGGACGAGAUAUUGACUUGUUUCACAUAAUAUUGUCUUCUCUAUCUAAGAACACAUAAGUAAUACGAAUUUGAAAAACACAACAUCUGUGAUAUUAAUGUUAACUCUGUGUCAGUUAUUUGCUUUCCAUAAAGACACAAUAGCACAUGUAGGAAAACGUAUUGUACUGGUAUUUCAUGUAAAUGUAUAUGUUGAUAAUGUUUGUCAUUUGUAUAGCGCUCAUCAGACGAUUGCCUGUUGAAGCACUACAGCUGAUUUAUCACAGAUAAUGACCCAUGAACAGCCCACACUUAAGGUGCUUUUCAAAAGAGCCUGCAUCCUCGAUCGUCAUUAUGUCCUUAGGCUGGGUUCACAUAGAACUAUACGGUAUUCGGUAUACGCUAUUCGAUAUACGCUAUUCGGUAUUCGCUAUACGCUAUACGGGCACGGCGAGUCACAUAGGGUAGCAUGCGUGCGGUAUUCGGUCUUUUGGCGCCGAUCAGAUGGACAGUUCAGACGAAGAAGAUUUGGCUCUUCUCCUCUUAGCCGAGGAUGAAGCUGACCAGGCACAAAGACCAAAGAAAGAAAGAACAGAAUGGGUGCGGCAGCACUUUAAGAUGAUACCUCCGUUGGGGGAGUACCACAGGACAUUUAAAAACCUCAUGGAUCAUCCAGAUGUUAAUUAAAAGAAUCAUUUAGUUGAUUAGUAAUAAAACAUGUAAUGAAGGCCUGUACUUAGAAAUUGCAAUAAAAUGAGUAAAAAUGAGUACUGUUGUUUCUAACUUAUCCUGUAGUAUGCAAUAAAUAGUUAAUUGUGAUAGAUAACAUUAAAAUGCACUGGUCACUUCUGAACAGGGUGGUAUACGCUGCACGAAAAUCGAACGCGCACGAUUCCCACCAUACUAUACUAUACGCAGGUAAACGACCUUUUCGAAUAGUGCCCUCUUCUGUGACCCGGUAUUGUGAAAUUUCCUUGUUCGAUUUCAGGUACCCGCGUGCCCUGGCAAAACGUGCACCGAAUACCCGAAUAGUAUAGUUCUAUGUGAACCCAGCCUUAGGUAGUGUAUUCCUGAGUCGUGCAGAAGACACUGAAAAACUGCGAUCACCAAAGGUUGUUUUUGUCGUUUACACGGCCAGUUUCCUUUAACUUUCAUCCAUUGAACGCAUUUGACGAGGGCAAUCUGCAUAUUGUAUUGUUUCAAUUUUUAUCCGAUUUAAUCAGGAAUAAUUGUUCUAAUUAGUAUGUUCUUAUAGUAUCUUCACAAUAUAACUGUUUUUCUUGAGAUACACACGGUAACUUUGACAAUCUGACAAUGCACUAAAUUUUGAGAUAAAUUAACCACCGGGUUACUCUGAAGUACACGCACAAAAUCAGUUCAUGCAUACUUUGCCAUUUGUUUGCCAUUUUGUUCGCCAUUCUUUCGCUAUCUGCAGGAAAAACAUGCAGUGUGUUAUUCUUAUCUGAUGGAAAUCAUGCUUGAAGGACUUUAUUACCAGUGAUGAACACAACAUUUUUUUCCCUUAGAAGAUGACGACAACACAGUUUUUCUGACAUAUAAAAAAUGUUCUCCUUGCCCAGGACAGACCAGAUGUUUGAAAGCUUGCCUAAUUCUCGGCACGCUGAGAAAUUGAUUCCCUUGGGUGAGUGAUGAGACAAUUCCCAAUAUGUGACCCGUUCCAGCAAAACCAGUCGCAUGUCAUGCUAAGCUUGGCAGGUUGAGACGGACUGUUUGUUCAUUUCACUAUUGUCUGCCUUUUGUGAAAUCUGACGACAUCAAUUUCUUCUAUUAUCUCCUGGUGUCAUCUAGGCUCAUCUUAUGUGCGACAAGCGACUGGUUUUCCUAGAACGGGUCACAUAUAUUGACUUUAUGACUUCUCACCGAAAACCUUUUCACUGAAUCACUGAAUCACCAUGACUAUUGUCUCUGUUUUCUCAUUGGUAGGUAUUGUCUAUCAAUCCGCAUCGUGAUUUUUAACAAUGAAGUGUUGAGAAUUAUAAUGUACAUGUAAAGGUAUGUGUAUUGGGAUUGAACUGUACUGAUAAAAACCCUGGAAAAAGUGGUUGUAAAAAGUGAUCUAUGCAUGUCAUAGACUUAUCUUUUUUGAGUGAUUCGGUGUACCAAUUUGCCUGCUUAGGCCAGAAUGCUUCACCUUUCUGACUUUGCCUUGAAAUGUAUUCCAGGCAAAGAGUUACCCUUCGUAAUGAGGCGAAAGGUCAUAUUUUUGCUAGUCAACUUCAGUAGAACCUCUCUAAUAAGGACACCCUCGGGACUGACAAGUGCUGUCCUUAACGGAAGAGGUGUCCUGAUUAGAGAGGUCAAAUUGAAUGGAAACAACCAAUUUGGGACCAAAACUAGAGUCCUUGUAGGGAGGUUGUCCUUAAUAGAGAGGUGUCCACUAAGGGAGGUUCCACUGUACUAAUAUGACAGCCUAGCGACUACCUAUAGUCUGCUUCAACCAAAUGUACUUUCUCAACUUCGAGUCAUGAAGAAAAGGCACAAACAUGAAUCUGUUAAACCAAUGCUAGUAUCUCUUGUAAAAUAUAGUAGAUAACAAAAGUGAAAUUCAAAAUAAAUACAUAAUGGGAAAAUAUCAUUAUUUUUGCGGAUAUGUCAUUAGAUAGUAUUGAAAGGACGUUUGACUCAACAUCGGGACGUUUUAGAAAAGAGACCUUUUGCUGGCAACUGUCACCAUCAUAAUCUCGGUAUGUAAAUUGGUUUUGUUUGUGUUAUGGGAUCUAUGCUUUACCUCACGUGAUGUAUUGACCAAUAAAUCAGUUUUAUGAUAGAAGAAUUUGCUGUU